AUGACGGACAGAAUGAUGCUCAGCCAUCCCCUCAAGCACCGGUCGGGCCUCACACCGCAAUCCCCGUUCCACCACCAGCACCACCAGCACCACAUCCACAAUCCCUCAGCCUCGACCGCCAAACCGCCCUCCAUGGUGAUUCCCUCGACACAAAUACAGGAACCCACUCAAUUACCGACCCCCAAUCAUUCGGGGCCGACCGCAAUGCCAGCAGACGAAGAUGGCAACGACGGUUCGCCGCAGGACUUUUCCGGUCGGGGGAAACGCCUUACACUCCCGGAGCAAAAGUCUCUCUUCCACCUCUGCGAGCAGUACAUGAACCGCUACGACGCACACGAGUACCCGAAGAGCUUUUGGAUGAAAAUUUCUGAGUUACUCCUCAAAUCCACCGGUCGGAAGUACUCUUGGCAGUCGUGCCGGCGACGGAUCCAGCAGUACGUCGAGAAACGAAAGGCCUUCUGGGCGGCGUUCGACGCCGACAAGACCCUCCCAGAUCUAGGCGAUAUGGACGAGGACUUGGCCUCCGACAUCGACGACUGGAUGACGCGGUGCGAGCUGCGCGUCGAGAAAGAGGAGAAAGAACGCAGGGAGAAGGUGCAGCAGUCCGAGCUCGAGCAGGCGGAACUCGCGCGCGCCCUCAAGCUGCAGCGGACGUUCGAGUGGGCGAAGAAUCUGCCUCCACCAGAGGAAAUGGAGCGCCAGCCGAGCCACUGGGGAAUGCCUCCGCAUCGAUUCGUCAUCAUGGACGGCCGAUUGCUUCAGGGUCUUGAUCUCGCGUUCCAUCUGUCCAAGGUUCGGCCGGACGAGAGCCGGCAGUUGGCGCUCGACGCCGUCAUGCUCCACGGCGAGCUCGGCCACCCACAACCAGCACACGACCAGAAACCGAAGCCGGAUCCCUCGGGCCCUCCCCUCGGAAUCUUCAGCCCCUGCGACAGAAAGCGGCCGCACGAUGCCGUCGACGGCGCCGCCGCCGCCUCAGAGCGACCCGCGCGGCGUCCCCGUACGGAUCUCGAUCCACACCCCCAGCUCCAGCCCCGGGCUCAGCCUGGGGCCGACGACAAACCCUCCGAGAAGAGAGAAUCUCCUGCUGCCAUGCUGGCACAGAAGAAUGUAGACCGCAUGGUCAACAGCCUCUGGUUGCAGUUUGCCAAGGGCAUCGCGCCGUACUACGAGGAGCAUCGGGACCAGCCUCAGACGAACAAGCAGUUCGGACUGGUGCUGUAUGAUCUCUACCGGGAUCUUGGCCGGGCUUUCUCGAAGGCUGUCAACCGACUCGUCGAUUUGGAUUGGGAUUCCGAGUACGAAUCCGAAUCUGAGGAUUGA